UUCUUCGAAGAUCGCCAAAAAGAAAACGGCAUAGCGGGUGCUGUCACUCCCCAAAGUUGACCGCAGUACAUGCCUGCCUCCUCAACACCUUCUUGGGGGGCACCACCAGCGACCAGCGAGCUGCGCGCCCGAGUUUCCCAAAUCACCAAGGUGCCUUGCACCAGCAGCGGACGUUUCCUUCCACACGGCGAAAAGACCUGAGCAUCGGAUGGCAAAAGCAUACUCGCACCUUUUCCUCUUUCUCGCUUCCAGCGUGCGAUUAUUCGUGUUGCGACUGCCGUCCGAACUGGACCUGUUUGCGCCCCGUUCCUGUUGUUAGGCCGUUUUUUUUCUCUGCACUUUUUCCGUACAUUUCUCUCGACACUGACAUUGAGCUGAAGAGGAUGACCAAGAUUCGGUUUCAGUGAAGAAUAUCCGUGAUCAUCGUUGCAUCGUUUGGUACCGAGGAGAAAAAAAUCGAAACAACGUGCGAAUGAAGCUUGAUCUUGAUCUUGAGAGAUUGGUGUGAAAUACGCGCACGUGAUUGGCUGAGUGGGUUGGCCGAUAGAGAGAGGAAGCAUCCGAGCAAUGAUAGCGAAGUAGUGUUUUCCACCGGGAUGCAGUUAGACCGAGUUGUGCCACAAUCGAACGUUUCGUGUAAGAAUAUCUGAUUUUUGGGAGCAAUUAGUGGCUGUCGGGUUAAGCGGGAAGAAAGCUAAUUUGCGUCGGUGGCUUUUGGGUGGCGUUUCAAGUUUCGAAGAGAGUGCGUUUUUGCUCCAAGGUGUCCAUCACUUGUCGAAGAAGUGGUUGACCCAAAUCUGGCCUCGGAAGUGUGUGACCUACAGCGGGAGAAGAAGUGCUUGUGAUGAUUGAUGAUCUUCGUGUGUAGGGAAAAGGAAUGAUUCGGGCUUUCGAAUGAGGUGAAAAUCGACAGUAGAAGUCGUUUUUUUUCCUGGCAGGGGAGUGAAUAUAUACAAAGAAUGUGCAUCAACAUUAUCCUAUUCAAGAUGGAUAGCAUCAAGCGCCAGUUGGGGGUUUUACCAGGAGGAAGAUCUUCCUUAUUGCUGCUGUAUGGUGUUCUGGUGAUCAUGGCGCUAACUCCCGGAGGAUCUGUUCAAGGUUAUAGCGUUCAAAAAAGAGAAACCAACAGUUGUUACUACAAUGGGACCCACUUCAUGGAAGGAUCGAUCGUUCCCACGAAGGAGCCCUGUCUGAUGUGCAAGUGCCAAAGCAAAACGCUGAUUUGCGCGCUCAAAGUUUGCCCGGAACAACCAAUUCCGCCACCUCGUGGCUGUAUCCUGGUCCAUAAGAGUGGAGCCUGCUGUCCUUACCUGCAGUGUUCUAAACUUCAUCUAACGUCCAAAAACAGUGGAGAUCGUAAGAAGAUUCAUUUCCUGGACUACUACGAAAAAGAAGCCGAAGAGCGACUAACAAAUCCCAACUCUUAUCUACGGAGAUCUGAUGAUGAUGACAUUGAGGAAAAUGGAGCGUGCAUUGUCAAUGGAACAGUAUACAAGUCUGGUUCAGCCAUGACUUCUUCUUCUCUAUGUUCAUACUGCUACUGUAUCAACGGACGACAGAAAUGUGUCAAGCCCAAAUGUGCAUUGCCAAAUCCUCGCUGUGCACCCAUAUUCAUCGAUUCGGCAUGCUGCCCCAUCCGAUAUGAUUGCACGGGGAAAAUACCUGUGAAGGAUGUUAUAUCUACCGAAUCGCCGAAUCAAAUCAGAAGAAUCAACAACCGUCAUUACCUGCGAACGGUCGAACGCAAAGGAGUCAGAAAUGUUGGAUGCACAAUCGAUGGAAAAUCUUAUCCGGAAGGAGAACGCAUUGCCAGCCAGGAUCCUUGCCAGGUUUGCUUCUGCAUCCGAGGAGACCAGAAGUGUACGCCUAAAAAGUGUGCUCCGGCUAUAAAGGGCUGUACGCCACGGGUACCACGAGGAGAAUGCUGUGCAGUUCGGUACGAUUGCAGUAAGUUUUCGGCAGGAUCUCGAGUAUUCCGCAGUUCGGUUGAUAACUCAACGCUCGUUUCAGAAAUCGGUGACCAGAAGCGGCUGAGCUCCCGCAAGAUUGAGGAAGAAGAGGAACCAUUCGAUUUCUUCUCUAUCCUGUUCGGUCCGGACCCAGAUGAGCCGAAACCAGAGGCGAAGAAUGCCACCGAGUUGAUAGUUACAGAGGCGACACCCGUAAGUUCUACAUCUGAGAAGAGUUUCUUCGACUUUUUGAAGGCAGGUUUGGAGUUCAUCGACAGCAAUGCAGAUGAUUUGUUGGAAACAACUCCAGCUUCAGCUGCUCCAGAGAUGAGUUCCACUACGGAAAGUAUUAGCGAAGUCAAUACAGUGCGAGUGGAGAUAGUCAGAGAGCCCCAGACGGUUUAUAUAGCAAAGCCCGACUUUAAUUUUCCGAUGAGGAUGACUUCUCCACCGAUUCGACGAACCAGUGCGGUCCUUAAAACUACUCCAAGCACCACACCUACGGUAACAACUGCAAGUACGACAUCUACAACUACGACUACGACUGAACCACCUACAACGACCAGGACUGUAUCAUCUACAUCAACUACUACAGUACCUACCACAACUACGACUAUAUCGUCUACCACUACAACGACUGUGCCAUCCACUACGGCAACGACAACGACAACGAAGAAACCUCCAACUACCACAGCUCCAUCUACCACAACAUCAACCACGACAACUGCUCCAAGCAGUAGUUCAACGACGACUCAAGCUCCAUCUACAACUUCAACAACAAGUACAGUUACGACAACUGUCCCCCUUAUAACAGAAACAACUAUACUACCGAUUGAACAGAAGGAUAACCUCACGAUUCCUGUAGAUAUCGAUCUUACCAAAGCGGAGCCAGAAUUCCAAGACCUCGAAUCAGAUUCACUCCUAAAAGAAAAUCCAACUGAUGUGUCAAAUUCGCUAGCCGAUCUAGAAUCGUCUGAAGAAUACUCUGAUGCUGAUAGCGCUGAGACAUCUACAGCCAAGAGCAUGGAAACAGAAACCGUCUACUCGACAACCGAUAGUGCGGAAAGGUCUUCUUCGGAAGAAUCAGUGGUGACAGAGAGCACAACAACAAACGCACCCAUCGACGUCGUUAUCAAGAUAGACGAUUCCAUUACAAGUUCAGCCGUGGAGUCGAUCAUACAUUCUCUGAAUGCAAAAAUCGAAAAGGUAGAACCACUUCCGCCGACUACAACAAUCGCCACCAAACGACCGAACAACAAGUUCGUUGGCUUCGAGGUAGAGAAGAUUCGUACCACGAUAGCUGCUACAACGGUUGCUCCCACGACAGUGCCGUCCUCUACCGAAGAAGUAUCCACAGAGAGCAGUGAGGUUACAACUGCAAUAAGCUCUCAGGAAACUACAACUGCGGAUGCAGCUGAAAGCGGAGUUGACUCGAGUGAAGAAUCGACAGUGGAUUACAAGGGUAAUGACAUGUUGGUUGAAGAUAUGUUGACCACUGAGUCGUCCUUUGAAGGCACGACAACAGAACAGAGUGAGGAUGACAAUGUGGAAACGACAAUGGGUUCCUUUGAGGUAACGUCGACUGUUGCGACAACCACAAUAGUUGAUGACGAUAAGAUGGAGUUCAAGAGCGAGAGUGAAACGGAGAUUCCAGUGACGGAGCAUGAUGUCCAAACGACGACGGGAGUUCCAGUUACCACGACUACUCAGAAGAUUAAGACGACCUCCCAAAAGAAUACAACUAAGCCCUUGGUAACGAAAGAAAACAAUCUGCUAUCAGUUUUGCUAACAGAACUCUCCAACAUUUUUGAUUCAACGAGAAACGAAUCUGGGAAACAGAAUGCCAAAAAUAAAACUGAAUUCCGUCCGGUAACUCCGAAACCUAUUCCAAUCGGCGAGUUCCACCGUCCUAGCAGUAUACCAUCCAUUCUGGAAUCAGACAUUGACCUAGACUAUAGCGAACCUACCCUUCCACCUAGUCUACCGAACCUGAAGAUCAUUCCAUUCCUCCCAGCCGACGCGGUCAAGAAAAACGAGGCACCAAUCCCGCUCGCAGCACCAUACGACUUCUACAAACCCAAUCCAACCAAUUAUCCAAUCAUCACCGAAAGCUACGAACCUUACGGCGUACUCAGCGAUCACGAAAUUCACCCAGGAAUGCCUUUCAAGCCACCUAAAUACGACUACAGCUAUGAUCAAUCUCUCAGCUAUCCGGCUCUAACGGAAAACUACGACUUGGACGGCAAGAGCAACCAUUACAAUACGAAGAUCAUUCGCGACAAGUACGACACCAUUGCCGAUACGGAUUACGAGUACGAUACGGAUGCGCUGGCCAAGUACGAACUUCACGCCAAGAAGGAACUGUUCAAGAACGAGCUGAAAAAGUUCAUUCCCACGAAAUACGAGGUGCCUCAGGAGGGAACGUACGUUCCCGUGUAUGACAAGUACGGAGUCGGAUAUCCGGAGAAGAACGUUUAUUAUCCGAAUCACAAGGAGACCUAUGAGCCGGUGGUUUACAACACGAAAACCGAGCUUAGUACGGAGCAUCCGUUGUUCCGGCUAGAAGAGAAAUCCAUAGCCGGCAGCAGUGGAUUCUCGCCACCGACGAAGACUGAAGGUGGGUUCCUUCCGAAGGAUCACAUCAAGGACGACUUCUACUAUGAACCAUAUGUGACCACCGCGUUCCCGAUGGAAAAGACAACCGAGGAUUACGUAGCGAAGAUACCUAUCAAUACCACUGCUUCCACAUUCGGGGCAACCGUAGCAAAUCCCUUCAUCGAUGUCAUCCACCCGGAGCCGGCACCACCGUUGAUGAGCCUAAUCGAGGACAAAGAGAAACUGUUCUCCGUGUACCACUCGGUGGCCAAGAAUAACCAUUCCUCGUUGGAUGACUUGCUGGACACGGAUAUCGUCGACAGUGCCGAGUAUGACAAGCAGAUCAUCUCGAUCACAACCGAUGCCAAUUACCUGUCGACGAUGGGAGGUUCUGUAGAGGAAGUUGAUAUGGUAUCGAGUAUUGAGGGGGCUUCAGCUCUUCCUUUGCACGGUAGCAUGGAGUAUACGGCCGUUCCACUGGAAAUGGAAACCACUCAAAUGGUACGGAACUCCACGGAACCGGAACCGAACGGUAUGUUCAGUUUGGAGAAUGUGUUGAACUAUCUGUUCCGGGAGGAAGAGCCUUACCACGAUAAUGGAGUCCGGAAUACUACGUCCACAACGCCUUCGCUGAUCGAUGGAGUGCCUCCAUUCAAGACGAUUCCGUCUCACCUCGGAAGUGUCUACAGUCCUCCAACGAGUAUUGAAGGUUCGUUGGGAGAGGUACAACAUCAUGAAGAAGACGACGAACAGCAUGACGGCACGGUGACGCUCAAGAUUGAAAACGAGCAAAAUGGAACCAAGGAUCUGUACCGGCCUUCGCUAAUGGAUCUCCCAUUCCUGAGUUCGAAUUUCCACUCCCCAAGCGGAACUGGCGCCCAGGAUGGCGUUGAACUGAAGAACGACAUCGAUCGGUAUGGGUUCGAUCCGGACGUGGAACACUACCAGGUGAUAUCGGAUGGACCUCCGAACACGAUACCCAAUUCGGAGACCUACGUGGUGAAUCCGGUGGACAUCAACAAGCUGAAGCAGCAUCACUCCGAGGGCACGGCGGAGAUCACCAUGAAGUCGAAGGUGUACAGCCUGAAGGAUACCGUCGGCAUCCUGAAGCUGGCCGGCUGUAAUAUCUAUGGGCGAAUGUACAGGGUCGGUAGGAUAAUCUCCGAACUGUCCGGACCGUGUCUGGAGUGUAAAUGUACCGACGUGGGAGUGCACUGUACGCCACUGAACUGCUGAUCGGAUGUUUGUGAGAGAUUGUGUGAGUCUGUGUCGAGUGAGUAUGUCUGAGUGUUUCUGUGAUUAUCGUGAUAUUAUGGUAGUGUAAUAAGUAAUUCCGUAAAUCUCAACGAAUGUAGAUCAUCGAUAAGAGAUUCGAAUUGUUUGGAAAGAGCGAAUGUGACACAUUAACCGUACUUAAUUUAUGAUAAACCUACGAUGUAGCUUUUGUAAGCCUUAGAAUAAGCAAUUAUUGACCGAAUGGUUCGUUUUGAACCAAGGUGCAGAGUAUGUAGGAAGUGGAGAUAAUAGCAGGAUUUUGAACAGUUAACUGUCGCAGUAUUCAAAUUGCUCAUUUAUGCCCAGUCGAAAAAAAAACAAGAUUGAGAUCAUUGCUGUCGCAAAGGAAAACGCCAUGUAAAUUUAUAGUUUGCAAAAUCAAAAUUAGGGAAUGGAACAAAUGUAACAAUCAAGCAAUGUCUCAACUCACGCAUAAACCAUAAAGCUCCUGAAGCUGUUCUCAUCCAGCAGCGAUUCUGGAAGAGAGGACAAGCUUCUCUACGGGCAACACAAACUAAUCAAUUCCAAGUUUGCUUCAAUCUAGGGAUGCUUUCUUUUUAAGAUUUUUAGCCUGCUUAAGUUUAAGUUAUGACUAUUUGCUAAGUGAAACGACUCGAAACCAGUUGAAUAAAGCUUUCAAAUAAUUUUAAUCGUAUAUAAAUGACUAUCAUUUCCAUCAAAAUUGCAUCUUAGGUACGGUUCGGAUUACGCUUUUGCCCUAUUUCACAUUAAGCAUUUUUGGCCAUUUAUCACCACCAUUCGAAUCGAUUUCGUUCGAUUAAUAAAUAAUUCAACUACU